UUUGUGUCUCAGAUAGGCUGAAGCGUUGGUCUGCAGAGUGUCUGGAGCCUAAGUGAAUGCAAAGAAACUGAUAAAUAGGGAAAAGGCCCAGUUUGCUCCAGCUGGAAAUCAGAAAGUUGAAGUAACUGCUGCAUCCUCACAGACCCACUCUAGGAAGAGAGGGCAUUCUCUCCAGAACUACUGUAUAUUUUCUUCUUAAAAGCCCAUCAUACACCGAAGUGAAUGAAACAGUGGGAGCUGGAGCAGAGUAUGGCAAAUACCUUUGUAACUGUAUCUGAUGGGUACUGUCUUGCUGAACCCAUUCAAUAUUAUGAUGUUUUGCCAGAGCACAUCAAUUAUCAGCUGCAAGACUCAGACUUUCAGGCUACUCCUUACUGCCAGUAUUCAACUGUUCAGUUUCCUCCAGUGUUACAGUCACAACCUUCCCAGUCACAAUACAACACAUACAGCCUGGAUUCUCAGUACAAUGAUGGGCAGUACAUAAUCAGUAAUUGUGAAUUAAACAAGCCCCCCUGCAUGGUUGCCCAUAAUGAUGAUGAUGUAUAUCAUGGACUAAAAAGGCCAAGACUAAGUCAUUCCUCCUUGCGAAUGAAGGGUCAGGAAGAGCUCUGUGUUGUAUGUGGGGACAAAGCCUCAGGAUACCACUACAAUGCGCUCACUUGUGAAGGCUGUAAAGGAUUCUUUCGACGUAGUAUUACCAAAAAUGCAAUAUAUAGAUGCAAGAAUGGUGGCCACUGUGAAAUGGACAUGUACAUGCGGAGGAAGUGUCAGGAGUGUCGCCUGAAGAAGUGUAAGGCUGUGGGAAUGUUGGCAGAGUGUUUGCUGACUGAAGUCCAGUGUAAAUCAAAACGACUCCGAAAGAAUUUCAAGCAGAAGGGCAGUUUCCUUUGUAGCAUCAAGGUGGAAGAUGAGGGAGUAAACAGCAAGCAUGUUUCAUCCACAACUAGGCCUGGAAAAAUCCAAGAGAGGAUGGAACUAACUCCAGUGGAACAUCAACUUAUUGAUCACAUUGUGGCAGCCCAUCAAAAAUAUACAAUUCCCCUAGAGGAAGCAAAGAAGUUUCUGCAGGAAACUGCAAACCCUGAAGAGAGUUUUCUGCGGCUCUCAGAGACAGCAGUUGUUCAUGUGCAAGUACUAGUGGAUUUCACAAAGAGACUCCCAGGAUUUGAAAGUUUAGCCAAUGAUGACCAGAUUGCAUUGUUAAAAGGUUCAACGGUGGAAGCAAUGUUUUUGCGUUCGGCCCAGAUAUAUAAUCAAAGAGUUAAUGAAUGCCAGUCAUCAGUGAGUGAAAGUCAUGUAAGAUUUUCUGAUCAUGCUGUGUAUUGUCAUGUUCAAGACAUUGAUAAAAGCACUAUUUAUUCCAUGGAAAUAUCUCACAGUGAAGAGAGUCCAACUUCCACAACUACCACAGGUAUCACUGAGGAGUUUAUCACUGCGCUAUUUUACUUCUACAGAAGCAUGGGAGAACUUAAUGUGACUGAGACGGAAUAUGCCCUACUUGUAGCAACUAUUAUAUUUUUUUCAGAUCGCCCACUCCUAAAAAACAAACAACACGUGGAAAAACUCCAAGAACCCCUUUUAGGUAUUUUGUACAAAUAUUCAAAAAUUUAUCAUCCAGAAGAUCCACAGCAUUUUGCACGCCUCAUAGGGAGGCUUACGGAACUCAGGACCCUCAAUCACAACCAUUCAGAAGUGCUAGUAACUUGGAGGACAAAAGACCCCAAACUGACCUCUUUACUCUGUGAAAUUUGGGAUUUGCAUUGAACAACUAACCUAUAUUACUGUUGUUAUACAAAUGGCUGAUUUUUCUUAAACUUGCAGAAAUGCAAACUAUUCAGAAACGUCUUACUUUUAUAAAAACAUACUAAAAUUUUCACUUUUAUUUUA